AUGAGGAUGAACGAGUUGGGCCUGGUCCUCCGUCUUGACGAAGAUGAUCGUAGACCACCUUUUGUCGCGGGCAUGGAAGACGUCGAAAUCGAAGAGGUUGACCGAGCGCGCGAGUGUACGCUGACCAACAAACCUUAUCCGUUCCUCAGCUUCCGAUCCGAGGGCCGUGCUGCAUGGCCGAAUAGUAUGAGUAAGGACGACGUCAAGAAGCAAAUAUUCCACGGUGGCAGGCUCACUUGCCGUGUUGUCAACAUUCUCUACAUGAGCGGCACCAGAUCAAAGCCAUACGGCGGUAUUGUUCGUCAUCUAUAUACUCACGAGGCGGAUGCAACUGCGACUCCAGCUCCCACUCAGGGUCCUGGUCUUUCUCGUGAGACGUCGAUAACGAUAGAAGAUUCUAAAGAGCCUGGCUACGUUGUCGUGAGCGAGGAGCCUUCCGCGAAGAAGCGGCGUGCACGCGAUGAGUCUCCUGACUUCGAGAUCUUGGACCAUGAGCCAUCAAAACGAAAGAUUCGGCAUCCUUCGAAGCAGGGCCAUCUGGUAUUCGGCGACGUAUUCUGCGGAGCUGGAGGUGCAAGUCAAGGCGCGGCCCAAGCCGGGUACUAUGUUCAAUGGGGUCUCGACAAUGAUGAAGACGCGUUUGCUGCAUACCGCCUGAAUCAUCCUGGCGCGUACGCAUGGAAGAUGAAUGCGCAUGACUUUCCGCCAACCGGUAUUAGCAAGGAGAGCUGGAAGGUCGAUGUGCUUCACCUCUCGCCUCCUUGCUGUUACUGGAGCCCCGCACAGUAA